CGUGGCUCUCCCCGCCCUGCAGGAAGUGGUGGUGGAAUGAAGUUCGGGGACUGGCGGUGGCGGUGAAGUUGGAGAAGUUGUGAUCGGCGGAGAUCCGGGAAUAGAUCGGCCAGGGUGGAGAGGAGGGGAGCGGAUAGUAUGCUGGAGGGGAGCCGCUGAUUGGAUGGAGCUGUACCCGUGGAUCUGGGCACUCUGUGCCCUGCUGGUGCCCCAUGUUUUGUGCAGAGAAGUCUGCACUGGAACAGAUAUGAAACUGCUUCGCCCUUUCAGCCAUGAGAAUCAUUAUGAGACUCUACGUACUCUCUAUAAGAAUUGCCAGGUGAUUCAGGGAAACCUAGAAAUUACCUAUCUGGAAGAAAGUGAUGAUGUUUCCUUUCUAAAGGACAUCAUGGAAGUGCAGGGCUAUGUUUUAAUCGCACACAACCUGCUGAGCUAUGUGCCCUUGGAGAACUUGCGCAUUAUACGAGGCACACAGAUGUUCCAGGAACGCUAUGCCCUAGCUGUACUGUUUAACUCCCAACCUGUGGGAUCAGCUGGACUCCGAGAACUGCGCUUAAAGAACCUCACAGAGAUCCUAAAUGGUGGCAUUAUCAUGGAGAAUAACACACAGCUGUGCUUUCAAGCAACCAUCCAAUGGCAAGAUAUUCUGAGCCAAAGCAAUAACUUAAGAAACGAAAAGAUUCUACAGCCUGGCAUCCGAACAUGUCCAUCAUGCUCCAGUAAAUGUGGACUGUUACCAUCAGGAAGCGAUGGAUCAUGCUGGGGAGAGGGAGAAGCAUACUGUCAGACCUUGACCAGCACGAUCUGUCAGAGCGGCUGUCUGAGGUGUAAAGGGAAGGAUUCCACUCAUUGCUGUCAUGAGCAGUGUGCAGCUGGCUGUACUGGACCCAGGAACUCCGACUGUCUGGCUUGCCGCCAUUUUAAUAACAAUGGCACGUGUGAGCUGCUGUGUCCACUUAUAAUCUCGUACAACCCAGAGAACUUUGAAUCUGUUCCGAACAAAGAUGGAAGAUACACAUAUGGAGCAAGCUGCGUCGUACAAUGUCCAUAUAACUACCUGGCCACGGAAGUCGGAUCCUGCACUCUUCUCUGCCCACAGAAUAAUCAAGAAGUGAUAGUCGGAGGCAUACAGAAGUGUGAAAAGUGCACCAACCAGUGCAGUAAAUUUUGUUAUGGUUUGGGAAUGGACUUUCUGAAGACCACACGGGCUGUCAAUUCUACCAACAUCCAGCAUUUCCAAGGAUGCACCAAAAUCUUUGGCAACUUGGCAUUCCUUCCUGAAUCCUUCAGAGCGGAUCCAGCACAGAACGUAACACCACUCUCGUUGGUGGAUUUGGAAGUAUUCAAGACUCUUGAAGAAAUUACAGGAUAUAUAUACAUUGACUCAUGGCCUGAAGAACUGGCUAAUCUCAGUGUAUUUGAGAAUUUGCGUGUAAUCCGUGGGCGGCUCCUACAUAAUGGGGCGUAUUCGAUGGUUGUCCGCAAUCUUUCCAUGUCAUCUCUUGGCUUGCGGUCCUUAACGGAGAUCAGCAGUGGAUUGGUGCUGCUAGAGGCCAACCCCAAUCUUUGCUAUCUGGACACUGUCCCGUGGACAAAAAUAUUUAGGAAUUCUAGACAAGCUAUAUUGAAGACCACGAAUAAACCACAGAAUGAGUGUGAAAAAGAGGGACAUGUGUGCUUCCAGCUGUGUGGUAAUGCUGAGUGCUGGGGAUUUGGACCGUCUCAGUGUGUCAACUGUAGUGGCUUGCUUCGUGGGAAUGACUGUGUGGAAUCCUGCAAUGUGGAAGAGGGGGAGCCGCGGGAAGUUGUUGAUAAAGGCCAGUGUAUAAUGUGUCACCCAGAGUGCUUGCUGCAGAAUGGAUCCCAGACGUGCCUUGGUCCGAGUGCAGAGCAGUGUGUGGCCUGUGCCCACUACAGAGAUGGCACAACAUGUGUGAACCAUUGCCCGAGUGGAAAGAAGAUGGACUCCUUUGUGCCUGUUUGGAAAUACGCAGACAAAGAUGGAGACUGUCAGCUGUGCCCUGUUAACUGCUCCCAUUCGUGUGAUAAACAAGAUGAGAAAGGAUGCCCUAUCAUUGUGAACAAUAGUCAUAUUUACAUGAUCGUGGCGGUGGUGGGCAGCAUAUUCCUCGUCGUGACUGUUGCAGUUGGCCUUGUACUGUUUGUCAAACGCAGGAAGCACCUGAAAAAGAAGCACACCAUGCGACGCUUUGUGGAUAACGAGUUGGUGGAACCGUUAACCCCAAGUGGAGCCUUGCCGAACCAAGCACAGAUGAGGAUUCUGAAGGAGACCGAGUUGAAGAAGAUGAAAAUCCUGGGGUCUGGUGCUUUUGGCACUGUGUAUAAGGGUAUCUGGAUCCCUGAUGGAGAGGACAUAAAAAUUCAGGUCGCUAUCAAAGUGUUGCGUGAAAACACUUCUCCUAAAGCCAAUAAAGAAAUCCUGGAUGAGGCUUAUGUCAUGGCGGGGGUAGCAAGUCCUUAUGUGUGUCGUCUGCUGGGUAUCUGUCUAACAUCCACAGUGCAGCUGGUUACCCAGCUCAUGCCGUAUGGUUGCUUACUGGAACAUGUACGAGAGAAUAAGGAUCGCAUUGCUUCCAAAGAUCUACUGAACUGGUGUGUGCAGAUAGCAAAGGGCAUGACAUAUCUAGAGGAGGUACGGUUGGUGCACAGAGAUCUGGCAGCCAGAAAUGUAUUGGUGAAGAACCCAACACAUGUGAAGAUAACAGACUUUGGCUUGGCACGGUUGCUGGAUGUGGAUGAAACUGAAUAUCAUGCAGAUGGAGGGAAGGUUCCCAUUAAAUGGAUGGCUUUGGAAUCUAUUCUGCACCGGAAGUUCACACACCAGAGUGACGUAUGGAGCUAUGGGGUGACUGUAUGGGAACUCAUGACCUUUGGUGCAAAACCAUAUGAUGGUAUUCCAGCGCGGGAGAUUCCAGACCUCCUGGAGAAGGGAGAAAGGCUCCCGCAGCCUCCUGUUUGUACCAUCGAUGUGUAUAUGAUCAUGGUAAAAUGCUGGAUGAUCGACUCUGAGUGCCGGCCCAAGUUCCGUGAGCUGGUCACCGAGUUUUCCCGCAUGGCUCGUGAUCCACAGCGCUUUGUGGUCAUUCAGGAUGACGAACUCUUGGCUCAGGCCAGCCCCUUGACUACACAAUUCUACAGUGAACUAUUAAGGGAGGUUGGCAUGGAAGAGUUGGUGGAUGCUGAUGAGUACCUUGUUCCUCACCAUGGAUUCUUUGGGUCUGAAGAUCCCACGCUGGAACAUCGCAGUAGAAUAUCGUCUCACCAGAGCGCAAAUGAGAACCAUCGGCCGUUGUUGGAUGGCACAGCUCCCGUGGUCCUUCUAGCUCGCACUUUGUCACACGAAUCGGCUGCCAGUGGCUCUGAUGAUCUUAGUGACAGGGACGAUGUGUUUGAUUCACUUCCCAGAGAUCACAGCCUUAGACACAGGUACUGCGAGGAUUCAUUAGAACUUCGAGGAACUGACGUGAUCGAUGGAAGGAUGGUGGACAUCAAUGGUUAUGCAUCUCCAGCAUCUCCUGCAUAUCCUUCAGAGUAUGUAAACCAAAGAGAACCCAUCAGAAGUCGCUCAUCGGUAAAGACACCAAGAACGUCCGUUUCCACCCUAGAAAGACAGAAGGGACAAGUGUGCAGGAAUGGCUUGAUCAGGGAGCCAAUGAGCCCAGCCUCCAUUGCUGCGGUGGAGAAUCCAGACUAUCUCCCCCCACCAGGACUACAUGCACCAAACUUUUUCCCACAAGCUUUUGACAAUCUUUACUACUGGAACCAUGAACUCAACUCCUCAGGAGGUGAGCAGGACCCUAACCCAGGACCUAAUGGAUUUACUACGCCAACGGCAGAAAAUCCAGAGUACUUGGGCCUGGAUGGGACGAUUAUGAGGCCUCGGGACGUGACCGCAUAGGCGGGAAUCAGCUGUUUUUGAAGACCUCACGAACUUCUGUUUUCAAAAAUUUCCAUUUUGAUCAAUGCAGUUAUGGCGUCCUAAGCAACCAACUAGAAGAGGUUUUCACCAGCAAUCUCUCAGCCUGAGAUAAGAAAGCUCAGACCUAUAUUCUAUGCACAGGCAACUUUUGUGCGGCAGAAUUUUACUUGUAUAGUAGAGAGCUGUGUAUAUAUGUUAUUGUUUUAUAUGGCAUUGACUACAUAUAGUUCCUGAUGGGGAACGGAAGUAGGCCUUUAUGGUAGCAAUGCUUGUUUUAUAUUAUUCAGAUAAUGACGCUUUAUAAGAGAAUG